AUGACCAACGAAACAAUUACAUCGGUUCUCAAAGGUGCGUGUUGCAUUGAACCAGAACUAAUGACAACCACUGAAAACACUUCACAGGACGAACGCUCAUGGGACAACAGGAUUUCUGUCGGGAACACAGAUGAGAUAGUUAACGAAGAGUCUGAUGGUUUGACUGAUCUGGAAGUGAGUGAUUUAGCGCGAGCGUAUUGGAUUCAAUUGCACAAACUCAAGAAACAGCUGAUUGAGCACGCAUUCCUUGAGUCGUUGCGAAAUUUACUAGUGAACGAUGAGCGAAUGGAUGUCGACACCGAACUAUCGUGGGAGCUAUUUCUUCGCGACAUUAAGAUCUUCAUGGGAGAAGGUAUCGCCAUUCAACGAAAUACCUAUCUUCGAGAAUGCAUGACGUCGGCCGAAAUACUUGAUAUACGAUCAAAAUGGGAAAAGAUUGUCAAAUUCGGUUUGCAGGAAGCAGGAGAAAUCCUAUGUGAAACCGCUAUCACGGCUUUCGAAGUUACAAUUAAUUCGCAUUCGGACAUCGUAGGAUUUUGCGAUCUGCCAGCAUCCGUGAAAGAAUUCGUCGUGUCCUGCAUGGCGUUGGAAAUUUGUCCUACGUUUGCAAGGAAAGCCAUGAUGGAGGGAUUAUUCGCAAUGCUCUCAAAAGUGUUCGGUGAAGCAGAAAUGAGCGAAAGUCUCUCAAGAACAUGGAGCAAAGUCUACAGAGCUUUAGAGCAGGCUGUCAUUAUCAACAUAGUGGAGUACUAA